GAAUAAAAUGAAAGUAGCAGGGAACUUGUGUGUUUGUGACUGUCAUGUGAAGUGUCAGUUUGUAACAUGACUCAGAGCGUCACAGGCGGAAGGUCACGGAGCAGCAGAACGGAACGGAAGCGGGAGUAAGAAGCCUGUCCGCCAUUGUGGAAUAUGACCCGAAGUCGCCGUCUGUAACAGCCAGAAGAAGAAGCGGAUCGUCGUCAGGUCUGACCACAGGGGGGGGAAACGCUGCCUUGUAACCGUUACAGAGUGAUUGGACAACCCGAGAGACGAGUCAGGAAAGCGCCGGAGUGAAGAGAGAAGCAGGGGGAAGCCGCGGACAGUCUCACAAACAGCGAUCAGUUUCGGUUCCUGGAGGAUGUCUGCGACCACUGUCGAUCAGAGACCUAAAGGACAAGGAAAUAAAGUGCAAAACGGAUCGAUGCAUCAAAAGGAUGGUGUGAAUGAUGAUGAUUUUGAGCCUUACCUAAGUGGCCAGACAAAUCAGAGUAACAGCUAUCCACCAAUGUCUGACCCCUACAUGCCUAGCUACUAUGCUCCAUCCAUUGGUUUUCCUUACUCUCUGGGAGAGGCUGCUUGGUCCACAGCAGGAGACCCUCCUAUGCCCUACCUAACUACAUAUGGACAGAUGAGCAAUGGCGAGCCACACUUCAUCCCUGACGGUGUGUUCAGCCAGCCAGGUGCCCUGGGGAACACGCCUCCCUUCCUGGGCCAGCAUGGCUUCAACUUCUUUCCCGGCAAUGCGGACUUUUCUACCUGGGGUACCAGUGUCUCUCAGGGUCAGUCCACGCAGAGUUCAGUCUACAGUAACAGCUACGGAUAUGCCCCCAGCUCGCUGGGUCGGGCCAUCACGGACGGGCAGGCAGGUUUUGGAAGUGACACCCAGCUUAGCAAAGUCCCGGUGCUGAAUAGCAUUGAGCAGGGUAUGACAGGGUUAAAACUGGGUACAGACAUGGUGGCAGCUGUCACCAAAACCGUGGGCUCACCCCUAGGAGGCACAGCAGGUAUGAGCAGUAUGGCAGCCAAUAGCCUCCCUCCGUCUGUCAGCUCGUCCGCACCUAAACCUGCCUCCUGGGCAGCCAUUGCCAAGAAGCCGGCCAAGCCGCAACCCAAGGUCAAACCCAAAGCCAACAUGGGGAUGGGGGGAGGCACUACUAUUCCCCCACCCCCUAUAAAGCACAAUAUGAACAUUGGUACUUGGGACGAUAAGGGCUCUCUGAACAAGCCCCCAUUAGCUCAGACUAUGAUGCCCCCACAGCCCCUGGUGCAACAGCCUCUCCUUGCACAGCACCAACCCUUACUGCAGAACCCAUUGCCCCCUCAGCCUCAACACCAACACCAGCCCCAGCACCAACACCAGCCCUUCCAGCUCCAGUCUCUCCAGUCCUCCCAACACCCACAUCCUUUACCCCCUGGCCCUCCUCACCUGCAGCUCUCCUCUCAACCUGGCCCCCCACAGCCCCUUCAUCAGCAACAACCCCAGCAGCCUGGUCCACCCCCCAACCGUUGGGUAGCUCCCAGGAACCGGGGUGAGGGCUUUGGUCUGGGUGGGGGUGUCCCACUGAGUGCCUCCUCUUGCUCUGGAGAAGUGCAUCCCAUGCUGGAGAAACUCCGAGCUCUCAACAACUACAACCCCAAAGACUUUGACUGGAACUUGAAAAAUGGACGUGUUUUCAUUAUCAAGAGCUAUUCGGAAGAUGACAUCCACCGCUCAAUCAAGUACUCUAUCUGGUGCAGUACGGAACAUGGCAACAAGCGCCUGGAUGGGGCCUACCGCUCACUGGGCAACAAGGGUCCCCUGUACCUGUUGUUCAGCGUCAAUGGCAGUGGGCACUUCUGUGGUGUGGCUGAGAUGCGCUCACCGGUGGACUACAAUGCCUAUGCAGGCGUCUGGUCUCAGGACAAGUGGAAGGGCAAGUUUGAGGUGAAGUGGGUUUUCAUCAAAGACGUGCCCAACAACCAGCUGCGACACAUCCGGCUGGAGAACAAUGACAACAAGCCAGUGACCAACUCCAGGGACACGCAAGAAGUGCCUCUGGAGAAGGCCAAACAAGUGCUUAAAAUUAUCGCCACUUACAAGCAUACCACCUCAAUCUUUGAUGACUUUGCACAUUAUGAGAAACGUCAGGAAGAGGAGGAGGCUCUGAGGAAGGAGCGCAAUAGAAAUAAACAGUAACCUUCAAGCAAGCUCUCUGCCACAGCUGCAACACUAAUGACGUAGGACCUUAAAUAAAAAAAAAUGCCUAACCGCAAGGAGGGAAGGCUCUCACAAUCUUUCUGCUGAAGAUGACAAUGUCUCUGAACACUUGAACAUGACACUAGAUGGACUCAUCUGUAUCCGCUGACUGGUGCAUCAAAACCCCCCCACCCCGUGUCUCACGCGAAAAAGAACGUAACCCACUUUGAAUACUCUUGUCUUUAAAGCACUUUCAGUCCCUCCAAACAGCCUCUACCAGUUUCCUUAACUCUCUAUCUGUUCUUGUGUUCUUUUUUGACUUUUGUUUGUGAGCAACUAACUGACUAACCAAAGUGGUCAGAAGAUUUCGGCGGGUAAUUCUUUUUGGUAAUGCCUCAAAUGUUUUCGAUACUGGCGAGCCUCAUCAGCUCCUGAAGAGAAUUAAAGACAAUAUGUAUGAAUUAAUCUUUUACUUGAAUCUGUAGUCAACUGUCUGAUCCUCCUCAGACUGAGGUUUGGGUGAUUGACAGGUGGGACGAAAUAAUUGGGAAACAGCCACAAUCAUGCCAAUCAUAGGAUGUAUUCCCCCUGCCCCAACACACACACACUCACAACUCUUUCUCUCUGCAUCCGUUUCUGUGUACCAAAAGAUUAAAAUUAUGCAGCAGGCUGGCAAUCACUGGCCAGUGCACAUGUUUGGGUUUUUGUUCUCUCUCUCUCUUGUGAUUCUGUCAUUCUGAAGUGCAUUUGUCUGAGGAGAAACCUGCUGCAGUGGCCUCCUCGAGGCCCUGUGGGCGACUGUCUUUGCUCUGAUGUUGAUGUACUCUACUGUACCUCAGGCUCAAUCAGACUGUCUGUCCUCAACAACUCUUAGCACUUUUGGGAGAAACCCCCCUCCACCACCCUCUCCUGAUUGGCUUGACUGGGAUUCCCCCAACACUGCAAGACAUCAACUGCAAGGAUGUGACAGUUUUCUCCUCUAGGUAACUCACUAGCUAAAUAAAAACUACCCAUGUUUAGCGCAAA